ACUGGGGGCCGAAACAGUGUGCGAGAGAAGUUUAAUGUAUGUAAGUCAACAUUGCCCCAGUGUAGUCGGCGACAGUCGGGAAGACCGUGGUCGGGAAGCAGCAGAGUGGAGAACUGCGGAAAAGUUUCCCGGCACAAGGAGUACGAAACGCGGGAGUUCCCCGACGCGAUAAACUCGUACGGUGACUCUAGCUGUGAAGUGCAUUUAUUCAGAUUUUUUCGACCAAGAAGGAUUUGAUCCAGACCGUCCAGACGCUCAUGCUUUAUGCUAGGCCUUUACACGAGAGUUGCCACUUUCUAGUUCUUACGUUAAUAAGGAUCCAGUGAAGUUAUUAAAUCGUAGAGCCAAGUGAAGCGCAAUAUUCAUGGUUUCGGGGCACUGACGUGGCAAAAUACCAUGGAUAGGUCAAACCCACCAGACGCUGGGCAACGUCCACAUUGCAGAUAUCGUGGAAGAAAUAAUAAUGUGAAUAACAGCAAUAACAGAACACCAUAUCGGCGUAAUGAUCAUUCCCAAGAUCAUAAUGCCAAUGCAAACAAGAACAGAGGUCAGCAUCGUAGCAGAAGUAGUGGUGCCAAUAGGCAACCGACUAACAGAGAUCAGUAUAGUACACGAUUCUUCAAUUUCAGACGGUUGAAUGAUUUGAGUAUAAGCAAUAGUGAUGAUGUUGUUACAACAUUAACCAACAAGAAAGCUGACUUCGAAGAAUUAUUAAACAACAUUACCACCCCAGAUCUCAUGGUGGUCACAUUGCGAGUUUUGACCAAUGUUUCGCAAGCUAAUUUUGCUGAAAUUGUAACUAGUGUACUAAGCCACGCUUGCUCACCUAAAUUCCUCAAAGAAUUGGAAAGUUACUUGACAAAAUUGGCGUUUGAAAGUGCUAUUGACAAAAUGCAAAAUAGACUAUACCAUGAAGACAAGGAUAAUUUUUGGCUUAACCUGAUUGUGCUGUUUAAAAAAAUCAUGGAACUAUUGCCGAGUAAAGCUAGGGACGAAUUAACCCCCAUUUUACAAAAAAUAAUCCCAAUUACCACAGCUAUUGAGCUUAGGGAUGGAUACAAAAUUCGUGAACAGUUGAAAAAUGAUGCAUCAAAUAUGCUGCAAGAGUUGGAAAAAGAAAUUAAGAAAAUUGAAGACAAAAACAAAAAACGUGAGACAACUUCUCAAGAAGUUGUGGAAGAGAAUCCACCUGAAGAUUUCAGAUCAUUGAGCGUUAUACCAACAGUGGAAGACUUGUACAAUCAAAACCCUUUUGUCAGGGCAUGCAAAAUAAAAGACGCAUAUGAUUCAGUUGAACAUUACUUGGAUGUUCAGUUUCGUUUGUUACGUGAAGACUUUGUAUCCCCUCUGCGCAGUGGCAUACAAGAGUAUUUGCAUGGUCCUGCGAAAUACCGAAAUCACGAUCUUCGGAUUUAUAAAAAUGUAACACUCAUAGCCCCAGAUGUUGCGAAAAAUAAUAGUGGAAUUUUGAUCUCAUUUGGUGUACUAAAAGUAAAGUGGCAUACAUCAAAAAGAUUCAUGUUUGGUGGAUUAUUACUUCUGAGUAAAGAUAACUUCAACACUAUUCUCUUUGUGACUGUUGCUAAUCGCGAUGAAAAAGAACUCGAAAAAGGAUUUGUUUUGAUAGAACCUUGUCAGGGUACAAAAAUCACUCGAGAUUUAUACAGCUCUAAGUUUGUUAUGUUGGAAUCAAAGAUAUACUUUGAACCAUAUUUAGCAGUCCUAAAUGCUAUGCGACUUAUGAGGGAAUCCAACUUCCCAAUGACAAAGUAUCUCGUAAAUGCUGAUACUUCCACUUCUCUGCCUCGUUACCUUACACCAGGUCAAAUGUUGCAAUACGAAGAUUUCAGUCUUCCUAUUGACGGAGAUCAUCUUUGGCCGAGUGCCAAGGAAAUGAAAUUAGAUGAAACACAGUACAAAGCAUUUAGGUGUGCUCUUACACAAGAGUUUGCAGUAAUCCAAGGACCACCAGGAACAGGAAAAACAUUUAUUGCAUUGAAAAUAGUGGGCACUUUGUUGGAUAACAUAAAAUAUUGGAAGCCUCAUGGACCAAUUGUUGUUGUUUGUUUGACCAAUCAUGCCUUGGAUCAAUUUCUGGAAGGUAUUCUCCAGCACACUAAUUCCAUAGUGCGUGUUGGCAGCAGAUCGAAAAGUGAAGCUUUGAAACACUUCACGCUAAUGGAAAGACGCAAGGCAGUCCAAUGUGGUUAUAGGAAUCAUGCGUUGUCAGUAAUGUAUGACGUGAAACGUGAAUUGGAGAGUGUUCUGAGUUCUAUUCAAAGAAUGCGCGCAUCUCUUAAGCAUUUGACCACCGCGGAGGCUAUUGUACCUUUGAGCUGUCUGCAAGAAUAUUGCCAUGAUGUAGAAUUACAGCGAAUCAAAUCCAAUGAAGAACUGGUAAACUUAAUCGUGAGUACCAAUCUAACUAUGGUUCCACAAAGUUCACCACCAAUUCAAGAUCUGGAAGGUGCUACUGCUGAAAAUUUUCCCGAAGAAAAACUUCCAUAUGAUGAAAACGUACAUAUGGAUGACGAAUUAGAACUUAACUUGAAUUUUCAAGUUGAUGAUUCUGAUAAACUUAUUUUUCCCUUGAGAAGUAUAGAUAUGCUGAUUCACAGGCUGAAUCAACAGAUACUUGAAUACAGAAGUUUAGGCCCAGAGGUGCAUGCUCUGCCAUUUGAUCCAACCAUUGAAUGGGAAGAGGAUUUAAAUGCAUUGUUCGUACAACGAACGAAUCUACAGCAAAAAUUGAAUUCACAUCCAAUAAUAAACACUAACCAAAGAUUCCCAGUCAGCAAUCCUCGCUGGAGAAUGUACUGGAAGUGGGUAAAGAUAAGCUAUGAAAAUGUAAUGCAGAAAAUAACUGAGAUGGAACGUACAUCUCGUCAACUGCGCUCAAAAUUGGAUGAAGCUAAACAACUGGUUGAUUUGGCUGUACUACGAGAACAUAAAAUAAUUGGGCUUACCACAACUGGUGCUGCCAAACAACACGCAUCUUUACGUGCUCUUCAUGCUCCCAUAGUACUAGUGGAAGAGGCGGCAGAAAUUCUUGAAGCACACGUUGUGUGUUCUUUGACGAAGGCUUGCCAACAUGUGAUCCUGAUUGGGGAUCACAAACAACUUCGACCGAAGGCGUCUGUUUACAAACUGGGCACAAAAUACAAUUUGAACAUAUCGCUCUUUGAAAGAAUGGUUAAUAUCAGAGGUGAUUGCACACAAUUAGCGUAUCAGCACCGAAUGAGACCACAGAUUGCCAAAUUAAUCUGCCCGCCAAUUUAUCCGACACUUUAUAAUCAUCAAUCAGUACUUGAUUACCCUGCGGUAAGAGGAUUGGUAAAAAAUAUAUUUUUCCUUAAUCACAACAACCAUGAAAAUAGCCAUAAUAGCGAAGAAAGUUGGACUAACCCAUACGAAGCGCAAUUUCUAGUGGCAUUUGCUAGACACCUAAUACUGCAAGGUUACAGUGGCACAGCAAUCACCAUAUUGUGUACUUAUACUGGACAAUUAUUUGCUCUUAUGAAGGAAACUGCUCGUUAUACAAUUCUCAAACAGGUACGUGUAACAACAGUUGACAAUUACCAAGGUGAAGAGAAUAAGAUCAUUCUUCUCUCACUCGUACGCAACAAUGGUGAAGGGAACAUUGGAUUCCUUAAAGAGGAAAACAGAGUCUGUGUGGCAUUAUCUCGUGCACGUGAAGGUCUCUACAUAAUGGGAAACAUGAAUGACCUUCUUACAAAAAAUGAGAUCUGGCCAAAAAUUAAUACUGUUUUAGAAAAUGAGAAUGCCAUAGGUGAUACCCUUGAAUUAAGAUGUCAAAUACAUUCUGACCAGUUGCUAAAGAUACAGAGUGUGAGUGAUUUCCAACAAUGUCCGGAAGGUGGUUGCUUGAAGAAAUGUGACGGUGAUUUACCGUGCGGACAUUCUUGUACAAGUAUUUGUCACACAUUAGAUAGGGAGCACAAUGAAUUUCAAUGUAAGCAAGCCUGCAUUAAAAGUUGUCCGAAUGAUCAUCCUUGUCCGCUCAAGUGUUUUGAAGGCUGUAAACCAUGUCGAGUGAUGGUAGAUCGUCAACUCAAAUGUGGGCACACUGUGCAAAUGCCUUGUGGAUGUGAUGUAGAAACAUUUGAAUGUUAUAUUACGGUAAACGCCAUCUUACCGCAUUGUAAUCAUGAAAUUAAAAAACCUUGCUAUCAACCUAUUGAAAAGUGCAAGUGCCCGCAUCCUUGUGAGAUUCGUUUGGCAUGUGGUCAUAGUUGCAGACUUACUUGCCAUGCUGAUGCAGAUCCUGAUCAUAUUGAGUACCUCUGCUAUAAAGAUUGUGCAAAAAAUAAUAUUGGUUGCACUUCCAACCACCCAUGCAAGAAACGAUGCCAUGAGACAUGUGGAGAGUGUACCAUAUAUGUACAGAAAACGCGCUCCUGUGGCCAUUAUUAUAAAAAGAUUCAAUGCGCUGUAAAUGUAGAAGAUUUGUUAUGCAAAAGACCUUGCAAGCGUGUUAUGAGUUGUACUCACAAAUGUGAUCGCCAAUGCUAUGAAGUUUGCGGUGGCUGUGAAGUAAAAGUCAAUAAACUCAGUCCUUGUGGGCAUACUGUGGAAGUCAAAUGCAGUGAAGAACCAACACGUUCUAAAUGUGGUGCUAAAUGCCAAAGAAUAUUAAUGUGUGGUCAUCCCUGUGCAGCAAAAUGCAAAGAACCAUGCACUGACAAAUGCAAAGUAAUGACUCGUCGAAGUGAACCUGGGCUAUGCGGGCAUAUUUUCUCAGUGCCUUGUCACUUACGAAGCAUUGAAUCGAGCUCUAAAGAGAUACUGAUGUACUGUAAGGAACCAUGCAGAACACAACUAAUUUGUGGACAUUUAUGUAGCGGGACAUGCGGAAACUGCAACCAAGGACGUAUGCACAUCUCUUGUAGACAGCCUUGUGGCAACAUCCUUGUUUGUGGACAUAAGUGUGAUGUGCCCUGCAGGCAGGAAUGUCAACCCUGUAAGAAGCCUUGCGAAGUCAAAUGUUUUCACACCAGAUGUAACAAGAAAUGUGGAAUACCUUGUACGGAAUGUAAAGAACCUUGCAUACGGAAAUGCGUACACCAAAAAUGCAAUAAACGCUGCUAUGAACUAUGCGAUAUAGAACCAUGUAUUGAACCUUGCACGAAGAUGUUAAAGUGCGAACAUCCUUGUGUUGGCUUCUGUGGCGAUCCUUGCCCACCAUUAUGCCGAAUUUGCGAUAAAGAGGAACUCACAACAAUUUUAUUUGGCAAUGAAGAUGAUCCAGAUGCAAGGUUUAUAUUUCUGGAAGAUUGUGGUCAUUGUAUAGAAAGUGAUGCACUCACAAUAUGGGCAUCAAAAUGCAGUGAGAUGAUUCAAAUGAAAACUUGUCCCCUCUGUAAAACUCCUAUAAGAAAGUGUAUGAGAGUUAUGAACCAAAUCAAAAAAGAUAUGGCUGAUGUACUACAAGUAAAGAUAAAAGUAUUCGGUGAACCGAACACACAAAAAAUUAGGCAGACAAAUAUUGUUGAGACAAUACAAGAUAUGAAUUCCGACUUGGAUGUUGCAGAUUUCAAAUUUCCGGAGGUGAAGAAUUUAUUACAAAACUUACGAGAAAACGGAAUCCUCAUAAAAAAUAGAAAAUGGCAAACUUUGAGUUUACAAGAACUUGACGCUAUGGAAACCGUGUUGAAACUUCUACAAGAGAUGCUUGACAUACUGAAGUCAAUAAAAGACCGUUCUGUUAAAUCUUAUCAACAUGUGAAAAAUCAAUUUCUUAUGCUAGUGCAGUUUCUUCCAACACGAGGCCAAAUAUCCAAUCAAGAAUUAGAAGAUAUUGCACUAGAAAUUCAACGGCUAAGAUACAUGGCGAAAAUGUGCGAAAUAGAUGAUAAGUCUGGAAUUGCUCAUCAAAAAGAAUACGAUGCAGUAUUAGUAAAAUUAUUAGGCAUUCAAAAAUUCACCAAAAGCAGAGAAUUGGAAGUUAAACAGGGAAUACAAAUUGCAAUACAGCAGUUUGAUAAUAACAUUAUCAAAGAACAAAAGAUGAUUGUCAAAGCAAUGGGCUUUAAACAAGGCCAUUGGUAUAAGUGUCCAAAUGGCCACUUUUACGCGAUAGAUGCUUGUGGUGGCGCAAUGGAGGAAAGCAAAUGCAUGGAGUGUGACGCCAGAAUUGGUGGCACUUCGCAUCGUUUGAGAGCUGAUAACAGAGUAGCUACAGAACUUGAUGGGGCUACGCGUCCCGCUUAUCCUUAGGGCCUUGUCUGCCUGCCACUGAUUUCAUAUUUUAACCCUUAAUAUUCAAAUACAUAUUAUACAUCUGUUGAAUACUAAUGUAUCUUUUGAUUUGACAACUUUCGAAGUAUUGUAGUUAUGCCAAUGAACAAUUGAUUUCAAUGAUGCAUGUUUUUUGGAGCCUUACUAGUAUUCAGUUUGAAAAAUAUGAACGAUAAUGUAUUGAUUCGAAAAAGAAACGAAGAAGUUGUUCUAUAUAUUUUUUUUCUUUGAUUUCAUAUAUAUUCAGAGUUACAAUACAAAUUCUUGUCUUCUGCGUAUUUAAGUACAGGUUCCUAAAGGGUAACGAUCUUAAAAUAAUUAAAAAUACCGUAUUAACCGUAAGCAAAUGAGUGUGAGUAACACUCAUAUAUAAUAAAUAUUAUAAGAAGCAGGUAUCGCCCUUAGAUAAGUAGCUAAGAAGCUAUUGAGUUUCACUACUCACAUAAUCGAUUGAUAUCCAAUGAGAGAACCUGAAUUAUAAUAAGAUUAAUUUUCUAUCCUGCCGUAUGCAAUGUAUAUAGACACCUGCCAAAAAUGACACUAAAGUUUAUCUUCUACUAUCGAGUAGAGUGUGUGCACUUUUGAAAGAAAUUUCGUCCAACGGUCAGCCGCGAUACGAGACGAUUCAUGUUAACCGCCUAUGUUCUUGAAGGAAUAACAAAAUAACCGCCUUUCUCAUAUUUAUUAGAUGAUAUAAAAGAUAAUUCAUGUAUGGAAAUGUUGAAUAAAAUGAAAUACUACAAUGAA